GCCCCUUUAAACAUCUCUCCUUCCAGUCUCGCUCUCCGGGCGGCUCUCUCUUCCCCAUUUCGCUGCUUUGUUUUCAUCGUCGCUCCUCUGAUCAUGGCUGCCCAUUCUGCAGAAGAACCGUUCCCCUUCCACGGACUGCUUCCCAAAAAAGAAACUGGAGCCACGUCUUAUCUCACCAGGUUCCCCGAGUACGAUGGCCGAGGAGUGCUCAUCGCUAUCCUGGACACCGGCGUGGAUCCCGGAGCCCCCGGCAUGCAGGUCACAACUGAAGGGAAGCCAAAGAUUGUCGACAUCAUCGAUACAACAGGCAGCGGUGACGUGAAUAUGACCACGUUGGCAGAACCUAAAGAUGGGACAAUCACUGGCCUCUCUGGUACAACACUUAAGAUCCCACCUUCCUGGGUCAAUCCAUCAGGGAAGUAUCGCAUUGGAGUUAAAAAUGGCUAUGAGUUCUUCCCUAAGGCUCUAAAAGAAAGAAUACAGAAAGAGCGAAAGGAGAAGUUGUGGGACCCACCACACCGAGCAGCACUAGCUGAGGUCUCACGCAAAACCGAAGAGUUUGACCUCGCUCACCCAACACCCUCACAGAUGGAGAAGUUGCAGAAAGAAGAGCUGCAGAGUCAGUCAGAGCUGCUGGCUUCACUAGAAAAGAAGUACAGUGACCCUGGUCCUGUAUAUGACUGUGUGCUUUGGCAUGAUGGAUUCACAUGGAGGGCUGUGGUUGACACUUCAGAGAGUGGAGACCUGCCCCAGUGCACAGUGCUGAGCCCCUACAAAGAGUCGCAAGAGUAUGCCACGUUGGGAAAUGCUGAGAUGCUUAACUACUCUGUUAAUAUUUAUGAUGAGGGAAACACACUCUGCAUCGUCACCAGUGGAGGGGCUCAUGGGACACAUGUGGCAAGCAUCGCAGCAGGUUACUUCCCAGAGGAUCCUGAGCGCAACGGCGUGUCCCCCGGAGCCCAAAUCCUGGCUAUUAAGAUUGGAGACACCCGCCUCAGCACAAUGGAAACAGGCACUGGACUCAUCCGUGCGAUGAUUGAAGUCAUCAACUACAAGUGUGACCUGGUUAACUACAGCUACGGGGAAGCCACCCACUGGCCUAAUACAGGGAGGAUUUGUGAGGUGAUCACAGAGGCUGUGCAGAAGCACAAUGUGAUAUUUGUUUCAAGUGCAGGAAACAACGGUCCGUGCCUUUCCACGGUCGGCUGCCCAGGAGGAACCACCAGCAGUGUCAUAGGAGUUGGAGCAUAUGUGACUCCAGACAUGAUGGUGGCCGAGUAUUCCCUGAGAGAGAAGCUGCCUCCUAACCAGUACACCUGGUCAUCAAGGGGCCCCAGCACAGACGGGGCCCUGGGGGUCAGCAUCAGUGCGCCAGGCGGGGCCAUUGCAUCUGUACCCAACUGGACACUUCGUGGUACACAGCUGAUGAACGGCACUUCCAUGUCGUCCCCUAAUGCCUGUGGCGGCAUCGCACUCAUCCUCUCAGGAUUAAAGCAGAAUGGUAUCCCUCCCUCUGUUCCUGCGGUGAGGAGGGCGCUGGAGCACACAGCUUUGAAGAUCGAUGACAUCGAGGUGUUUGCACAAGGCCAUGGAAUAAUCCAGGUGGAUAAGGCUUUAGACUACCUCACUCAACACGCCUCUUUACCCUCAAGCCAACUAGGCUUCUCAGUAAGUGUGGGAUCACAGAGAGGCAUCUACCUCAGGGACCCAGCCCAUGUUCUCGCACCUUCAGAUCACGGAGUAGGAAUUGAACCAAUCUUCCCAGAAAACACAGGGAACCCUGAGCGAAUCUCCUUGCAGCUACACUUAGCGCUGACAUGUGCCGCCCCGUGGGUCCAGUGCCCCACCCAUCUAGAGCUGAUGAACCAGUGUCGCCAUGUGAACGUCCGCGUCGAUCCUGUGGGGCUGAGAGAGGGAGUGCACUACACAGAGGUGUGUGGGUAUGAUACAUCAGCACCUAGCUGUGGACCUCUUUUCAGAGUCCCAAUCACAGUUAUAAUCCCUGCCAAAGUGACAGAUACUCGUAAUCCAGAGGUGUGUUUCACAGACGUGCACUUCAGACCGGGUCAGAUCAGACGCCACUUCAUCACUGUUCCUCAGGGAGCCUCCUGGGCAGAGAUCACACUGACCUCUCAUUCGGGAGACGUGUCCUCAAAGUUUGUCCUCCAUGCGGUGCACCUGGUCAAACAGAAGGCGUACCGAGCUAAUGAAUUCUACAAGUUCUCCUCACUGUUGGAAAGGGGCUCACUAAUUGAAGCUUUCCCUGUGCUGUCUGGCAGGAUAGUAGAGUUUUGUAUUGCACGCUGGUGGGCGAGCCUGGGAGACGUCACCGUGGACUACAGCAUCUCGUUCCAUGGACUCCACACUUCCCCUUCACCCCUGCACAUAAAUGCCUCAGAGGGAGUGACGAGUUUUGAUGUGUCGUCACCUCUGAGGUACGAGGAGGUGUCCCCCACUAUCACCCUUAAGUCCUGGGUUCAGCCUCUCAGGCCCUUAAAUUCAAAGAUAAAAGCCCUGGGAUUGAGGGACGUUCUGCCAAACAACAGACAACUCUAUGAGAUUGUCCUCACCUAUAGCUUUCACCAGCCGAAGAGUGGAGAGGUCACCCCCAGCUGUCCCAUGCUGUGUGAGCUGCUGUAUGAGUCUGAGUUUGACAGUCAGCUCUGGAUGCUACACGACCAGAACAAGAGACUACUGGGCUCUGGGGAUGCCUACCCACACCAGUAUUCUCUGAAGCUGGAAAAGGGGGACUACACCGUGCGUCUGCAGGUCCGCCACGAGCAGUCCAGUGAGCUGGAGCGCCUUAAGGACCUUCCGUUUGUGGUGUCCCACCGUCUGUCCACCACUCUCAGUCUGGAUGUCUACGAGUCGCACCGCGCUGCCCUCAUGGCCAAGAAGAAGGCAAACUCUCUCACCCUCUGCCCGGGCGCCACUCAGCCCUUCUACAUCACAGCUCUGCCAGACGACAAGGUCCCAAAGGGGACGAGUCCAGGAUGCUAUCUGUCAGGUUCUCUGGUUGUUCCCAAGAGCGAGUAUGGCAAGAAAGCAGGGCAGGCCUCUGCAAAACGACAAGGGAAGUUUAAAAAGGAUGUCGUUCCGAUCGUGUACCACUUAAUUCCUGCUCCCAACAAAACAAAGAACGGAGGGAAGGAGAAGGACAAGGAAGCAGACAAAGAGAAGGACGUGAAGGAGGAGUUUGCAGAAGCAAUGAGAGACUUGAAGAUUCAGUGGAUGACAAAGUUGGACACCAGCGCCAUCUAUGAUGAAUUGAGGGAAAACUACCUAGAUUACCUCCCCCUGCACGUGCAAAGACUGCACCAGCUGGACUCUGAAAAGGAGCGCGCCAAACGUCUGAAGGAGGUUGUGUCUGCUGCCGACAUCGUCAUCUCCCACAUCGACCAGACGGCCCUGGCUGUUUACCUCACCUUGAAGACUGACCCUCGGCCUGAUGCCGCCACAAUCAAGACGGACAUGGAGAAGCAGAAGUCCUCUUUGCUGGACGCUCUGUGCAGGAAGGGCUGCGCUCAGGCCGACCAGCUCCUGCUGCCCCCCCCGCCACAGGAGGGGGCGGCUGCGGUCUCCACGGGAACACCACCACCACCACCAGCAGCAGCACCAGCAGCAGCAGCAGCAGUAGAAGAAGAAGAAGAAGAAGAAGUGGGGAUAGUGGAACAGGUGGCCAGCAGCUCUGAUGACACCGAGUACUGCGUGGUGAAAGCGUUGACAGAAACGUUUUGGGAGGUGCAGAAGUGGGCGGAGCUAACUGACUCCAAGGUGUUGAUGUUUUCAUACAAACACGCUCUUGUGAACAAGAUGUACGGCCGAGCUUUAAAAUAUGCCUCAAAGAUGGUGGAGGAGAAGCCCAGCAAAGACAACAUGAAGAACUGCAUCCAGCUGAUGCGACACCUCCGAUGGAGCCACUGCGCCACCUUCAGUGAGAACUGGCUCCCUGUCAUGUACCCCGCAGAAUACACAGCUUUCUAGGCACAGACGCACAUGCAUGCACCAGCAGCACAGUCCAUUACAUGGUAACUUGAAUAUCAUGCCCCUCAGGAUCUAUGCAUCUGGGUUUUCAAAUAUAGAUGUAGAGGGACACCAAAAUGAAGGAUAACAGAGUGUGAACGGUCAGAGGCGCUCGACACCUUAUAAGGCGAGAGGGGAUCACGCUCGUCCUGUCUUUAAAUGUCUUGUCAUCACAGACAAAACAAAUCAUUCAGUUUAUAUUUUUUAAAUGUUUUAAACCAUUGCCAAGGCUUGAUGAUACUGUAGCUCGGUGCUUUCUUAGUUGGCUGUUGUCCUUUUUUAUUUUGGUGUCAGAUACACAUUUAGAGGCUUUCACAUCCCGCUCGUCGUCAGCUCACCGCACUCCAUAUCACAUAGGUAACCUCAUUCACUGCAUAUCACAUAGGUAACCUCAUUCACUGCAUAUCACAUAGGUAACCUCAUUCACUGCAUAUCACAUAGGUAACCUCAUUCACUGCAUAUCACAUAGGUAACCUCAUUCACUCCAUAUCACAUAGGUAACCUCAUUCACUGCAUAUCACAUAGGUAACCUCAUUCACUGCAUAUCACAUAGGUAACCUCAUUCACUCCAUAUCACAUAGGUAACCUCAUUCACUGCAUAUCACAUAGGUAACCUCAUUCACUGCAUAUCACAUAGGUAACCUCAUUCACUCCAUAUCACAUAGGUAACCUCAUUCACUGCAUAUCACAUAGGUAACCUCAUUCACUGCAUAUCACAUAGGUAACCUCAUUCACUGCAUAUCACAUAGGUCACCUCAUUCACUCCAUAUCACAUAGGUAACCUCAUUCACUGCAUAUCACAUAGGUCAUCUCGUCCUCUCAUCUAAAUAUUGAAAAAGGCCAGUGCGGACUCCAGGGACGCACUCAAAGUGUUUUACAGAAGAAAAUAAAGAAAUGACUAUCUCCUCACUUUCAAAAUGGACAGCAGAAAAACUGGCCGUUAUGAUACUUAGAAGACAGGAGGACUUGCUGCUGCACGAUGUUCGGACAUACGAGGUCACACAGUCUGACCUAUCCCUGAAAUAAAAGGGAGUCAGAACUUGAACACUUCUUCUUUUGUUUUUUGACUGUUUCAGCCAGGCCUGGUUGAUGAAGUUGUCUCGUCUGUCUCUUUAGGCUCUCACUUGAGUACACAACACAAUAUUAAGGGUGCCUUUCUACAUGUACCUUACAGUUUUUUUCAGUUGAGAUAAAAACAGUGCAAGGCUGCAGAACCAGUAGCGUCUGCAAACAAUAAUUUUACCCAUCAUCCUUUGUUGUCAAAUGUGUUUUUAAACUCAUCUAUCUGCAGUAUGCCGUGCCCGUCAGUGACUUGUCAGCCAAUAGGAAGCCACAAACACUUUCAGGGCAUCAUAUGUGUGUGCCCCCUCACUCCAUACUGCAGGUACCUGAGCAGCACAUUUGAAAAACUUUAUUUACAGACCUCACUCACAUCACAAAUGCAGUUUAGAGAGAGCGGAAGGAUGUCCACAUUCAAUGUAAAAUGUUUACGCAGUAUUAGAUGUUUUUCUGCAGCAUUCACAAUGUUGCACUUGUACACAGUGUCAUAAAAUAAUGUACAUACACACAUAACGUAAGCAAAUAUAAAAAUGCAAUAGGUAUAUACAACAAAUAUUAUUCUAAUUGAUGUAUUUUGCAUAUAUGCAUGUCUUCUAGGGUGUAAGAAGGAACAAUGGUUUGUUUGGAUGCAGAUUUUAGUUUGUUUCAAUUAGAAAGGUUUUUAAACAUGAUUCUGACGAUAAUCCACUGUUUGUCUUCAUGAGUGUGUGUUUGUGAAUGACUUUGUGUUACUUGUGAGCAUAUCUUUGUGUACAUGACAUGUUCUCCCUACAGAACUGAUGGUAGCCAAUAGGAGGAGGUUAAGCAUGGAUUUAUGUUUUCUUUGUUCUCUGAUACCUUAUUUACUUAAAAGGACUGUGCCAGUGGUUUUGUAUGUUUUAUUAGCUUUUUAAAAAAUACUUGGCUAGCCAUUUAACACAGGACUUUUUGUUAUGUUUAAUGGGUUUUCUCAACCAACUGUUUCUUUUAUUUAGGAGACUUUUCAAACUCUCAUAGUGAACACCAAGUCUGCAUUAAAGGCCCUUAAACAGCAUUUCUCCAUCUAUUUACCUUGAACAGUGGGGUUUUACAUAAAGAUAAAACAUUUCUGGCAAAUUCAGAAAUAGUUUGACAUAAGAGCUUUCUGUUAGUUCUACCUGGCUGGGUUUCGGUUCUACAGGCCAUGUCACAGAGACGUAUAUAAUGGCAGAAAAAAAAGUAUCUGCCAAGUACAAAAGUGCUCCUCAUACGCUUGGCUUAAAUGAAUCUUAGGUGAGGCGAAACUCAUCGACGAUCAGGUUACUAAUGAGGACACACUGCUGUUAGUUUUCACAGUGUAUUUGCUAAAGAGGACCAUGCUAAAGAUGCAAUCAACUUGAAAUCUUAUACAUUUGUGACCUUCUUUGCGUGUGGAUCUGUACAAACAAAAAGUGAUUUUCUGUCAGUCUGUAGUGUUACCAGUUUAACCAAAGAAUGACUGCCCCGUGUUAAGUUGGUUUAAAUACACACAAAGGCAAAACAAUGAUACAAUAGGAGGAAAUGGACUUGCCCCAAACCACCCAGUCUGAGAACCACUCGUCUUCUACAUGUAACAACUCUAAAUAACAUCUGAUGACCUCACGCGAAAGAUGCAUAGUGUAAACGCAGACAUUUGAAAGCCAAGGCCUUUCAUUAAACAAUCUCUUCUGAGAUGAUGUUAACUGUACUAACUAUAAACACACAGCAGGCGGCACAGCCCAUGUUGCCCCGGGUUAAGGACACCUUGUGUUUCUGUUUUUAGCCGGGGCUCGCAGACACUUUCUGCAGCAGCGUCAGCACCUCUGAGUGCGCAGGGCUGACAGUCAGUUGGGGUUAACAGAAUGUGUGCCGAUGUUACCUUCAGGACUCUCCUGUCUACAGUACGUUGCCAAUAACAGUCUCUCUCAAACAUGGCCUUCACUUUCACCGCAGGACUGAACCGUCCAUUACUCUUUAUCUGUUGCUGUCACUCUGCUGGUGUCAGGAAAGACUUCUUCUGGAUGUUGAGUGUUUGUAAUUGUAGUUAUAAAAUGUAGUAAAUGCCAAUAUUCUACAGAAUGUUAUGAAAUAAGGUUGUAUGAUCUUAGUAUAAUUUUAUACUCCUUCUUCCUUGACUACAUGGGAAACACACGAGCUACUGUCACACUAUUUUAUUGUCACAUGGAAAAAAGUCACAACACAACACUGAAUAAAAAGGAUUCGUGCUCUCGUCA